UUCCUUUACAGUCAUAUCGUCCAACAUUUUGGUGUACCAAAGUUCUUGUUAACAGACCGUGGGUCAAAUUUCACCUCCAUCUAUAUUGAUUUAUUUUUGAAAUCGUUGGAAUGCAGACAUCUAACAACGGCAGCGUUUCGGCCGCAAUGCAAUGGUUUGUGUGAACAAACUAAUCGAACUCUUACAAAUGUCUCAGCAAAAAUAGUACACGACCUGGAAAUACUAAGGAUCAGGACAAGUUCAUUCCUGCUGCCCUUUUAGCCCUACGUUCAAUGAAAAAUGAUACCUCUGGAUACUAACCCAGUAAACUACUUUAUGGCCAAGAACUAAACACAGCUGCUACUUGGAGUGCUCCCAAAAUUGACUUUGAGGAAGGAAGUUAUACUGAUGUCAGCAAAGAGAGGUUAGAAUUUUUACAUAACCAGAUGAAGGAUAUUCGAAUACGAGCAAAAGAAGAAUCGUUACGCUAGAAAAAGACCAUGAAGAACAGAUACGACAAAAGGAUUCACGUUCGAAGACAAUUUAUUAUUGGAGAACAAUGUCUGUUGUUUGAUCAUUACAAGGAAAAUAAAUUUCCAUAUGUUUGGAUAGGACCUAUGACAGUCAUAAAGGUCAAUAAUAAUGGGACUUACCACCUUUCUGGACCUAACGCAAGACGAUUGGACGGUGCUGUCAACAGAGAGCAGCUAUUGCCAUACAUCAAGAAAAAUAGAAUGCUACCAGACGUAGAGAUAGCAAAGAAUAAUGCUCCCGAUUUUCAACGUUUAACUCAACACCUUCAACAAUAUGCAGAAGUUUCUAACGCUCAAUUCAACAAACACAAGACUGAAGCCUUUUCUUUGUCAGAGGAACAAAUUACCAUCUUGGACGUCCUUACUGCACUCGCAUAACAUUUCCGUCUUUCACUCUAAGUUCUUUCCUCCGCGAUGUGCGACUAAUUUAUUGUUUUUGAAUAAAAUAAUCCAUUUAAA